AUGUGGACCGUCGCGCCGCGCGUCGCGGUGUCGUCGACGAUGCGACCGACGGGCGAGAGGACGAUUCGGUCGACCGUCGCGUCGACGACGGAGACGACGGUGGAGACGAAGACGAGACCGCCCGCGGGCGCGCGCGCGCGCGAGGACGAUCGGGAGAGGUGGCACGCGGGCGUUCGCGUGGACGGCGAUGCGGCGGCGUCCGCGGCGGCGCCUCGGGACUGGCGAGAAAGUUUCUCGCGCGCGACGUUCAUUCGGGCGAACGGCGGGAGGUUCAAGGUGUACUCGCGAGGUAGUUUUGACGACGAUUUAGACGGCGACGAGUUCGAGACGCGCGCGGUGUUGUUUAUGUUACACGGGUGUCCGUACACGGCGCUCACGUGGGCGCCGACGGUUGAGGAAAUCGCGAGACGCGCCGCGGAGGACGGAACGUCCGUCGCGGCGUCCGUGGACGCAAUCGCGAUGGAUCUGCGGGGUCACGGUGAGAGCGACGGAGGUCUCGGGGACGACAGGGGUGACAACGGCGCGACGUUCGAUCCGGACGUCAUGGCGCUCGACGCGUUCGAGACGCUCGGAGCGUUUCUCACUCGAAGCAAGAGACGCGUCGUCGUCAUCGGACACAGCAUGGGCGGAGCCAUCGCGGUGAGGUGUGCGGCGCUCAUCGAGAACGCAAAUCGCGAGUCUUCAUCGAGCUAUCCCGCCGAGCUCGCGGGUUUAGUGCUCGUGGACAUCGUGGAGGGGAGCGCUCUGAGCGCGCUCCCGGCUAUGGGCGUGCUCGUCGACUCGCGUCCAAGCGAGUUCGCCACUCUGGAAGACGCAAUGCGGUGGUCGUCCAGUCGCGGCGGCGGUACAACGAACACGCGAUCAGCAUCGGUGUCACUCCCGUCGCAAUUGCGCAAAGUCGUUGCCGCGGACGGGUCGUCAAAGUACGUGUGGAUCACGGACCUGAGAGCCACCGCGCCGUUUUGGACGUCGUGGUAUCGAGGGCUCUCGGGGAAAUUUCUCGCCGUCAAGGCGCCCAAGCUGCUUUUACUCGCGGGUAACGAUCGAUUGGACACCGAACUCACAAUCGCACAGAUGCAAGGGCGAUUCCAGAUGACCGUUUGCAAGGCUGGACACUGCGUUCAGGAGGACGACCCGGAUGCGGUGGCUACGACGCUCGAAAACUUUGUCUCGCGAUACGUCUCGCGCAAGCGUCCGACGCCUCCGCCGUUCAUGUGA